GCAUUGUGUCGCUAGUGGGCGCGGCCAUCAGACGUCUUCGUCCCUCGGUCGGUCUUUUCCGGUUUAGCCGUUGUCGUAGACGUUUGUGCUGUCGCGUCGUAGGAUAAAUCUUUCUCCAUCUUCACAAAAUGAGGCUGUACAAGGACCUUAUCACCGGUGACGAGAUGUUCUCGGACACGUACAAAAUGAAGCUGGUGGACGAUGUGAUCUACGAAGUUUACGGCAGAUUGGUGUCACGUACCGAAGGCAAUGUCGAGAUUGCUGGAUUCAAUCCGUCCGCUGAAGAGGCCGACGAGGGAGGCGAAGCUACAACUGUGUCCGGUGUAGACGUCGUGCUGAAUCAUCGGUUGGCUGAAACAUAUGCGUUCUCCGACAAGAAAUCUUUCACUCUGUACCUUAAGGAUUAUAUGAAAAAAUUGGUUGCCAAACUCGAAGAACGCGCACCUGACCAAGUUGAAACAUUCAAGACUAACAUGAACAAAGUUAUGAAAGAUAUCCUGGGCCGUUUCAAAGAUUUACAAUUUUUCACUGGUGAAUCGAUGGAUUGUGAUGGCAUGAUCGCUAUGUUGGAAUAUCGUGAAAUUGACGGUCAAAGUGUCCCCGUAUUGAUGUUCUUCAAACACGGUCUUGAAGAAGAGAAAUUGUAGGCCUGUUUGUUUUUAUUUACUUCUAUUUACCCUUAUCUUAUAUAUUAUUAUUUUUUAUUGAAUGUAUACAUCUAAAUAAUUUAAUUUUUAUACAAUAUGUGAACAAGAAAUGAAAAAAGUAUAAAAAUAAUAGUAAAAUUGAAACGAAGCAACAUCAAAACAAACACAUACGGAAAUAAUGACCGAUAUAAGAACAGAGAGGAAGAUUAAAAAGCCGAUGAUUGAGAGAAACAAAA